AUCCAUGUUACUCCUCAGAUGGCCACGUUUAAUCCCGUUAGUGUCUGGAUUAUAUUUGUCCGGCCUCUGAGCGCUUGUGCAGCCCUGCUCAGCCAUGCUCCCAGCUCAGACCUUUGGGGAAGGGCUCCCAAGGGAGCUAUGAAUAGCCCCAGAACCCUGCAAGGUGUGAAAACAAGGGGCUGGGCUGCCCUUUCGGGCUGUCUCUGGGCAGGGUUGAGCCAUGCCAAGGGCAGGGGUGAGGGACAGAUCCCUUCUCUGUGUCUGCCACUGUGCCUGGGAUGCCGGAGCUCUAUUUUUAUCUCUCUCCCAAUCCCCUGUAAUGCUUUGAUUGCACAAACCCCUUCCCACAGCACCCAGGGGCUGCGUGCAGGGAGCUCUGCCCAGCCAGGAGCAGGCUGGUGCCUCAGGAGGACCUACCCAUGAGCAAGCGGUGUCUGCCCUUUUUUCUCCCUUUUUCAAUUCGGCUUUUCACAGAGAAAGGAAAAACAAUCCCAAGGUCCUUCUGGCUCCACGUGGACGCUCCCACUGGCCUUGGCUUUUUCCUCAGAAGAAGGCUUUGUCUCACUGACCUUGGCUGGCCGCCUGCCCGCAGCCCUCCCCUGCCACCAACCGUGUCCCAUGAGUGCAUUGUGUCGGAGGGGAGCGUGGCUCAGGGACGCUGUGCCCCAAGAGUCUUCGUUACAGCACAAACCGAUGGGCUCUGGCCCGAUGCUGCUCAUGGGCCACACGCGGAGCCACCGGAGCGAGGUGCCCUGGGGAGCCGCCAUGCCCGCACGCCUGCCCAGACCCGCACCGAGGCCGCCCGCCGCCCCCUCGCCCCGCUGAGGCCAUGGGAUUUCGGCUGGGGACGGGGACUCUCAGCGUGUUUGCCAUGGUGACAUGAAGCAGACAGCGAGGGACACCGGACUGCUGGAGGGGAGAGACCCUGCGUGGGCACAGGCGCCCUGCUAGUAUUUUAAUUUAUUAUCAGUAGCGUUAUUCCAGUUCAUUUUAGCUUUUUUUUGUGGUGGUGUUCGUUUCUUCCCCUCCCCUGGGGCUCGAGAGGGCAGGGGAGGGGGCCCCAACUCGCCUGUGGAUGCAAGGAUGACUGUGCUGGCAAGGGCCCGGAGGGGUAUCCGACAGGUAUCUCCCCAGGUCGUGCUGCUCCUGCUCUUCGCCUUCUGCCUUCUCAGUGUUUUUGUCUCGGCAUAUUAUUUAUAUGGGUGGAAAAGGGGCUUGGAGCCCUCCGGGGAUGUGCCAGGGCCAGACUGCGAUGAACCCAAGGUCGCCCCUUCCCGCUUGCUCCCGCUGAAGGCCCUCAAAGUGGCCGAUUCCUCCCGCACCGACCCCUUGGUGCUGGUGUUUGUGGAGAGCCUCUACUCUCAGCUGGGUCAGGAGAUCGUGGCCAUUCUGGAGUCGAGUCGCUUCAAGUACAGGACAGAGAUUGCCCCGGGAAAGGGGGACAUGCCCACAUUGACUGACAAAGACCGGGGACGCUUCGCGCUCAUCAUUUAUGAGAACAUCCUCAAGUACGUCAACCUGGAUGCCUGGAACCGGGAGCUGCUGGACAAGUACUGUGUGGAGUACGGCGUGGGCAUCAUUGGCUUCUUCAAGGCCAACGAGAACAGCCUGCUGAGCGCACAGCUGAAGGGCUUCCCCCUCUUCCUCCACUCCAACCUGGCGCUGAAGGACUGCAGCAUCAACCCCAAGUCGCCCCUCCUGUACAUCACCCGGCCCAGUGAGGUGGAGAAGGGUGUGCUCCCCGGUGAGGACUGGACCGUUUUCCAGUCCAACCACUCCACCUACGAGCCCGUCCUGCUGGCCAAGACCAAGUCGGCAGAGUCAAUCCCACAUAUGAGUGUGGAUGCAGCACUGCACACCACGGUGAUGCAGGACCUGGGCCUCCACGACGGCAUCCAGAGGGUGCUUUUUGGCAACAACCUCAACUUCUGGCUACACAAGCUGGUCUUCGUGGACGCCGUCUCCUUCCUGACAGGGAAGAGGCUCUCCCUGCCCCUCGAUCGUUACAUCCUGGUGGACAUUGAUGAUAUAUUUGUGGGCAAGGAGGGCACUCGCAUGAAGGUGGAAGAUGUCAAGGCGCUGUUUGACACGCAGAACGAGCUGCGCACCCACAUCCCAAAUUUCACUUUCAACCUGGGAUACUCAGGGAAAUUCUUCCACACAGGUACCGAUGCCGAGGAUGAAGGUGACGAUCUGCUGCUGUCCUACGUGAGGGAGUUCUGGUGGUUCCCACACAUGUGGAGCCACAUGCAGCCUCACCUCUUCCACAACCAGUCGGUUCUCGCCGAGCAGAUGACCUUAAACAAGAAAUUCGCUGUCGAGCAUGGCAUCCCCACUGACAUGGGGUAUGCAGUGGCCCCCCACCACUCGGGCGUCUACCCUGUCCAUGUGCAGUUGUAUGAAGCUUGGAAGCAGGUUUGGUCGAUCAAAGUCACGAGCACAGAGGAAUACCCCCACCUGAAACCUGCUCGCUAUCGCCGUGGCUUCAUCCACAACGGCAUCAUGGUCCUCCCCCGGCAAACCUGUGGCCUCUUCACACACACCAUCUUCUACAACGAAUACCCUGGUGGCUCCAGUGAGCUGGAUAAAAUCAUCAAUGGAGGCGAACUGUUCCUGACAGUGCUCCUUAACCCUAUCAGCAUCUUCAUGACCCAUUUGUCCAAUUAUGGCAACGACCGCCUGGGCUUGUACACCUUCAAACACCUGGUCCGCUUCCUCAACUCCUGGACCAACCUGAAGCUGCAGACGCUGCCACCUGUGCAGCUGGCACAGAAAUACUUCCAGAUCUUCUCCGAGGAGAAGGACCCUCUGUGGCAGGAUCCCUGUGAAGACAAGCGUCACAAAGACAUUUGGUCCAAAGAAAAGACCUGUGACCGAUUCCCAAAGCUCCUCAUCAUUGGGCCUCAAAAAACAGGAACAACUGCCCUUUAUCUCUUCUUGGGGAUGCACCCGGACCUGAGCAGCAACUACCCCAGCUCAGAGACCUUUGAGGAGAUACAGUUCUUCAAUGGACACAACUAUCACAAGGGCAUAGACUGGUACAUGGAGUUCUUCCCCAUCCCCUCCAACACCACCUCUGACUUCUACUUUGAAAAAAGUGCCAACUACUUUGACUCAGAAGUGGCUCCGCGGCGAGCUGCAGCCCUGCUCUCUAAGGCCAAAGUCAUCACAAUCCUCAUCAACCCUGCAGAUCGAGCCUACUCCUGGUAUCAGCAUCAGCGAGCCCACGACGACCCGGUCGCCCUGAAAUACACCUUCCAUGAGGUGAUCACAGCUGGGCCUGAGGCUGCGGCGAAGCUGCGGACCCUGCAGAACCGCUGCCUGGUGCCAGGCUGGUAUGCUACCCACAUCGAGCGCUGGCUGAACAGCUACCACGCCAACCAGAUUCUAGUCCUGGACGGCAAGCUGCUCCGAACAGAACCUGCCAAAGUGAUGGAAACGGUCCAGAAAUUCCUAGGUGUGACCAACUUCAUCGAUUACCACAAAACCCUGGCGUUUGACCCAAAGAAAGGAUUCUGGUGUCAGCUUCUGGAAGGAGGCAAAACCAAAUGCUUGGGGAAGAGCAAAGGGAGGAAGUACCCCGAGAUGGAUUCAGAUUCGCGAGCCUUCCUGCGGGACUAUUACAGGGACCAUAACAUCGAGCUCUCCAAGCUCCUGUACAAAAUGGGGCAGACGCUGCCCACCUGGCUGCGGGAGGAGCUGCAGAGUACCAGCUCUGAUGGAGGAAACAGGGAAUUGGCACAAAUUCCCUCUUUCUCUGCCCAAAACAGACCCUAAGUUCCCUGGGCUGUGAGCAGCGUUGGAGCCGUUCUGCACCCCCUGGGCAGGUGAUGGAGGAGCAGCUUUGGGUGCGCUGGAGUUGACUUGUGCAGAGCUGUAGAAGAGGAGAGGAGCUGGUGGAGAGCCAGUGCACAAAGUGACCCAGACCUCGUCCUGCCACCCAGCCCAGCAGCAGGGAGUUUGCUGGAUUCCCCCAAAACCCAGCUCUAAAAACACCUGGAAAGAAAAAGAAAAAGGUGUCUUUUCAAAGACUUGGAUGCUAUUUCUUUGCUCAACUUCAUUCAUUUUCAAUCUCAACCUCUUCCCAGUCCGGGGGCAGCGCGGUGGGACUGCUGUGGGGUAGGAGAAGGGGACAGGGCGCUCCCGGCCCCCCGCCUGCUCUGCAAUGUUUUACAAUCGUGGUGUUUCCUGUGGUAAAGCCCAGAGGUGCCUGGUGGCCUCCGGCACGAACCCAACCCAGCUCGCAGGAGCGCGGGCCCUCGGGGACGAGGCAGACUUUGGGAUAACGGCAGUUGGAAGGAUGCUGAGAACUUCAAACCUCUUGGAAUAUUAAAAGCUAAAGUAUUUUAAUAAUGUUGGGGUGUGGGGGGAGGGUUCAUUUCGUUCUGAUUUUGCAGGGGGUUGGUUUUUUUUCUUCGGUGCCAGAAUUUGUACCUAAACCCCGAGGGUUUUACGUGGUCUGUUUGGCUGUUACGUGGGAGACGGACAAAGGUCAGUGGGGAAAUGAUGGGGGAAGUUUUCCCCACCAGAGAUGUGUCUUUGGACUUGUCAUGGUGACGUGCAGGAGCUGCCUCCUUUCACGUGGGCUGUGCAGGCCCUCCCCCAUCCCUGGCUCUGGCUGCCCUGGCAGUGAGUGUGCACGAGUGUGCGUGUGUAUGAGCGUGUGUGUGAGCAUCCAUGUAUGUAGCAGUGCCAACACUGAGCCGUAAUGGGUUUACGUGGGUAAGGGCCCAGAUUUCCUUGUGGAUGGAGCUGCUGAUGCGCGUGCCGGAGGCUGGGGAAGGGCAGAGCCCUGGUGGUGCACGAGGGGGGGGGGGGGGGGCACUUUGUGAAGGGCACCCUGUUACCAUUCGUGCCCCCAAGGCAUCUGCAGCACCGCUGGGGAGCAGCUGGAGGCGGCUUGAUGGUACGGUGUGGGGAGGUGGGCUGAGGACAAAUGCUUUCUCCAGCCCCAGGGGUAGGUUUGGUCCCUUUGUGUUUUAUGCUUGGAGGAGGGAAGCUGGGGUCACCCAGCAGUGCCUGGGCAUGGAGCAAUGCCAGGGCAGUGCAGGGGGAGAGUGGCAGCAACGUGGGGCUCUGCCUCACCUCUCCAUCUGGUUCUGGAUGGCAGUGGGGCUUCCCAGCCUUUGGGUUUUGCAUGAAGCUCUGUAGCCAUGCCCGGGGGCCACAGGGGUGGGGUCUGCCCUGCCCCUCUACCUCCCUUGGCUCCGUCCAAGCCCAUCCCUGGGGCUGCGUUCAGAGAGUGUCCUGGUCACUAAUGUAAGGUCCUGUUGAACUAACUGCUAAUAAAAUGGGGUUCGCUGGUUUUA